CACACACUGCAGAACUGCAGAUCUGAAGCAGCUGAAUGCGGCAGUGUUGAGCUGAAGUUAGCCCCAAAGAGUUCUGAGUUAUGACUGCACUUCAGCGGGCUCUCAAAACCCAUUUCGGCUUCGAGAAGUUCCGCUCAAAGCAGCAAGAAGAUGUUGUCAAAGCCGUUAUCAGAGGUGAUCGAGACGUGUUCGUCUGCAUGCCUACGGGAGCCGGGAAGUCCCUGUGCUACCAGCUGCCCGCGGUCAUGUCAGAAGGCAUCACUCUGGUCAUCUCCCCUCUGAUCGCCCUCAUCCAGGAUCAGGUAGAUCACCUGCGUGCGCUGAAUAUCCCAGCAUGCUCCAUCAACUCCAAGCUGGCGGCGGGCGAGCGGCGUGCCAUCCUGGCUGAUCUGGAGUCAGAGCGCCCGGCGCUGCGGCUGCUGUACAUCACGCCCGAGAUGGUGUCCUCGCCGUCCUUCCAGCCCACGCUGAGCGCGCUCAGUGCGCGCCGCCUCGUCUCUCGCCUCGCCGUCGACGAGGCUCACUGCGUCUCCCAGUGGGGGCACGACUUCCGCCCCGACUACCUGCGUCUGGGGGAGGUGCGUGAGCGCCUGUUGCCCACGGUGCCGUGCCUGGCGCUGACCGCUACUGCCCCCCAGAGGGUGCGUGAGGACAUUGCGCGCUCGCUGCGUCUGCAGGACCCUAAGCAGUUCUCCACGCCCGUCUUCCGCGCCAACCUGCACUACGACGUGGUCUUCCGCGAGGUCCUCCCCGACCCCCACGCACACCUCGCCAAGUUCGCCCAGGACUCACUCAAGGAGGGGGCCCAGGGUUGUGGGAUUGUGUACUGCAGAACCAGAGAUGGCUGUGAAGAAGUGGCCCAUAAGCUCACCAAACUGGGAGUCCUGGCCAAACCCUACCAUGCAGGGCUGAAGUCAUGUGACCGGCUCCAGGCUCAGACUGAUUGGACGGAGGGGAAGGUUCCUGUUAUCGUGGCAACCAUCAGCUUUGGGAUGGGCGUGGACAAAGCAAGCGUCAGGUUCGUGGCCCACUGGAACCUGGCUAAGUCGCUGGCGAGCUACUACCAGGAGUCUGGGCGUGCGGGGCGAGAUGGCCUCCCCUCCUGCUGCAGAACCUACUACUCACACCGGGACCGCGAGCAGAUGGCCUUCCUCAUACACAAGGAGGUGGCCCGCAAACAGGCGAAGAGAGGAGGAGCUGAGAAGGAGCAGGACAAAGCUGCACUCAAGGACUUCUCAGCCAUGGUGUCCUACUGUGAACAGGAGGAGUGUCGCCAUGCCACCAUCUCCAAGUUCUUCGGCGACGCGGCGCCAGCCUGCGCGGGGUCAUGUGACUUCUGCCGCGACCCCAAGUUGGUGCGCGCUCAGAUCGCCCGCGCCGCCGUGCAGAGGGGCGGACACACUGGACCCGCCCGCUCGGAACCACAAGGCCCGUUUGGGUACGACAAGGACCUCUACGCAGGAGGGAGGAAGGGCUACGGCUUCGAGAGGUUCGAUGAGGAGGGGUGGAGUGGUGGUGAAGGUGAUGACUCUGACAGACGGAAGAAAGAGUUCCAAGAUGUCUUCAAGAAACAGAUGGGCCUACGCAAGGGCUUUGGUUCCGAGGCCCCAAGAGGACACUUUGUCCCCCCAGAUGAGGAUUGUCCACUGAGGGAGGCAAGCAGCCAGAAAAUCCCCAAGCUCACUGUUAAGGCAAGAGAGCACUGUCUAUCCCUGCUGAAAGAGUCCCUGAGUCUCCAGAAAGGGGAAGCAGAAAGCUCUGAUAUAGUGGCCUUGGCUGUGGACAUUGAGCACGAGGUCUUCAGGUCCUGCAAGACGGCCAACCUGUACAAGGCAGCCGUGCUCAAGAGGGUGGGCGAGCUGAAGAAAGGGGCCAGUGGGGCAGCAGCACCCCCGGUGGCCGAGAGUGGAAGUGCAAGCAGCUGCAAAGUUAAAACGGAACCAGCCGAGGCCAACGAUGAAGCUGCCUCCUCCUCCUCUUCCUCAGUGGCCACAGAGGAGCAGUACGACCUCACGCCGGCAUCACAGAUCUACUCCCUGAAGAGGAAGCGUAUCGGCGCAGGACUGAGGGGAUCGUCCAACCCUUUCCAAACAGCCAAUGAGGUUCUCAAAGCCCAACGUGACCCCGCCCCCCACACAAACCACUCCCACAAGCCACGAGUCUCAGCCAAUGAGAGGGAAGACGAGGACGAGGCUUGGCGGCCUGAGACGAAGAGUGUGAAGGCGGAGCCUAAAGAGGUCACGACCUCGACCGGUGCAAAGGCCGGCGCCGUGGCAGCCAAUCAGAGCAGUCCGAGCAAGAGAGGGCGGGGCUUAACCAGGAAGCAGCAGAAACUGGCCGAGGCGGCCAAAGACACACGCAGCAUCUCCGCCUUCUUCAAGAAAAAGGACACACACACACACACGCACACACACACACACACUGACUCACAGUCAGACACACUCUCUAACACACACACCUCCAGCAUCAGUUCAUGGACUGACUCUCACUCUGACACACACGACGACACACACACGAGCUCACCCGCAGAACCAGACACGCGCGAACACACUCGGACACACAGCGACACACACACACUCACAGUCGAGGUGAAGCAGGAGGAACACACACUCGACUCACACACAGUCGAGGUGAAGGAGGAGGAGCAACACAAACACACACUCACAGUCAAGGUGAAGCAGGAGGAACACACACUCUCCACAAACACUGGGGGCAGUGAGGGUGAACACACACUCUCCACACACACGGGGGACAGUGAGGGUGAACACACACUCUCCACACACACUGGGGGCAGUGAGGAGAGCAGCUGUAAUGGUGAGCAGUCUCGUCUCCUGGACACGGUCGUCACGGAGAGGGAUGCCCUGGGGAUGGUCUCCAUGGAGACGAGUCCGGCGACAGGGGAGGCUCCCAGGGGGGAGGAGUCUGGAGGUCGAGCUGUUGCCGUGGGAUGCAAUGGAGAGGUUGAAGUAAAGCAGGAAGAAGAGUCCCCAGAGGCGCUGGUUCCCUGCUCCAAGCGUGCUCGUGCUUCUGGUGACACGCGGCGCCGGGUGACCUUUAACCCCAGAGUGCAGGAGCAGUGCUUUGAGACAGGAAGUGAUGCGGGCGGCGCGGCGGCGAGUCCGGCGUCUCUGAAGGAGGCGGCCGACGUGGUGGUCAAGCAGCUGGACCCGCACUACAAGCAGGGUCGCUUCGCCACCAAGGAGCUCUUCAAGGCCUUCGCACGCCGCCUCUCACACCUGCUCACUGAGACGCAGCAGCUCACCAGGGCCAAAGUCAAGUGUGAGGCGAAGCGGCUGAUAAAGCGGUUCUUCAGCGAGGUGCGGCGGUGUGAGCAAGAGAGCGACUGGGAACACCUCAGACUGGAGCUGCCCACCAACCACACGGAGGAGAGAUGACCACACACACACACACACACACACACACACACACACACACACACACACACACACACACACACACACACACACACACACACACACACACACACACGGAGGAGAGAUGACCCCACACACACACACACACACACACACACACACACACACACACACACACACACACACACACACACACAUGGAGGAGAGAUGACCACACACACACACACACACACACACACACUCACACACACACAUGGAGGAGAGAUGACCACACACACACACACACUCACACACACACACACACACACACACACACGGAGGAGAGAUGAC